GCCUCAUUUCAUUUCAUGCCAAAAAAUGACACGGACUUCAUCAUCCUCUCAGCUCUGAUUCUGGAGGAGAUCGCCAUCGACUGCCACAACAAGGAGACAGAAGAGCGCCUCCUGCAGGAGGCUCAUGACCUUCACCUCUCCUCACUGCAGCUGGCCAAGAAGGCCUUCGGAGAGUUCAACGUCCAGACAGCCAAACACUACGGCAACCUCGGACGACUCUACCAGUCCAUGAGGAAGUUCAAGGAGGCAGAGGAGAUGCACAUCAAAGCCAUCCAGAUUAAAGAGCAGCUUCUGGGCCACGAGGACUACGAGGUGGCUCUGUCUGUGGGUCACCUGGCCUCCCUCUACAACUACGACAUGAACCAGUAUGAAGACGCAGAGAGGCUCUACCUGCGCUCCAUCGCUAUCGGUAAGAAGCUGUUCGGAGAAGGUUAUAGCGGGCUGGAGUACGACUACCGAGGCCUGAUCAAACUCUAUAACUCAGUGGGAAACUACGAGAAGGUGUUUGAAUACCACAACAUACUGUCCAACUGGAACCGGCUGAGGGACCGGCAGUUUGCCGUCGCAGACGCCCUGGAGGACGUCAAUACUACGCCCCAGCAGACCCAGGAAGUGGUACAAGCUUUCCUAUUGGCUCAGAGCCUUGGCCCCACCCGUCCCUGUCUCGGCUGAUUUUUAUGAGGGAAGAAAGGAAACAAGGACACGUGGGCUUUAGCCUGGAGAGGACACAUGAUGAGCCCUAAUGUGAUGCUUCAGUUGCACACAGUUAAUUAGUAAUACACAGUAAAUUCAAGCAUCACCGGCAUGUCAGGUGACUUUAUGGUCACUGCAGCUGCCAGUUCUCUC